AUGGCGGAGGCUUCCAGCGUGGUGCCGCUCGUGGUCACGCCCGAGUACGGCCUCGUCGUCCUCGUCGGCGUCGCCAUGUUCCUGCUGCAGCAGAUUGUGCUCGUGCUCCCCGUCGUGAAGCAGCGAAUCAGCACCGGGAUCAAGGCGCCGACGCUCUACCCGCGCGACGGGCAGAUCAAGGAGCUGAAGCUGGCGCCGUACCAGGUGGAGAACUACAUGCGCGCGCAGCGGGCGCACCAGAACAACGUCGAGUUCACCUCCGUCUUCAUGGCGCUGUUCCUCGUCACCGGCGCUUGGGUGGUGCUCUUCCGGCUGCUCGGAGGCGUCGGGUACCUGUUCGGCGUGAGGCAGAUCGGCUCGCUCUUCCACCUGGGAGAGCUGUACAUCCUCUACCUCGCAGCGACGCAGGCGUACGCCCUCGCCACGCCCGCGCUGCCCGGCCUGCUCGCCGCCUGCUCCUCGGCCGUCGCCGCGAUGCGGGAGGCUGCCCCAAAGGAUUUGGACGAGGUCAAGGCGGGCGCCGCCUUCGCCGAGGGCUGGGAAAAGCUCUUCCAGCUCGCGGGCAGCGAGCCGGUCUCGUAUGCCAAGGAUGCAAUCAUGCAGGACGGAGAGGCGCAUGAGUUCGUCUACCGGUUGCAGCAGGGCUCGGUACGGGUGGAGAAGGGCGACCCGCGCUUCAGCGCGAGCCGCACCGCCGUGGUCAACAUCCUCUCUCCGGGCGUCACCUUCGGAGAGAUGAGCUUCCUUGACGGCACCGCUAACACUGCGACACCGCAGCCCCAGCGCAGCCACAACACCCAAACCCGCCACAAACCACAAACCUCCAGCUCCCGCGCCUAUCCUGCCGCCCGCCCCACCGCUCCCCUUCGCACCUCUGCUCCAGGUGCUCCCGCCUGCGCCACCUGCGUCGCCGACUCGGACGACGUCUCGGUGGUCCGCCUCUCCCGCGCGGCGCUGGAGGGCGUGCUCGAGGCCGAGGCAAACCUCGGGCGCGACUUCUUCUGCCAGAUGGCGAUCGAGGUCACGCACCGGCUGCAAAAGGUGUCGACGGCGAUCGCAGAGACGGGCGAGGCGCCACGCGGACUCACGCAGCCGGCGGACGCGGCGCUCCCCAUCUCCGCCAAGAAGCUGCUCAAGGUGCGCCACCGGCUCGGCGUGCCCGACACGGAGACGAUGGCCUUCAUGUGCGCGGCGACGAUGGUCAACCCGUCCAAGCGGCGGCUGCACGGCACGAUGUACGUCUUCGAGACGCUGGUCGGCUUCGUGCACAAGAUGUUUGGCAUCAAGCAGCAGGAGUCCGUCUCGUACCGCCACGUCUCGGAGGUGCUGCGCGAGACCUUCACCCUCAAGAGGGAGGACGGGGGCAUCGAGCUCGUGCUCUCGGUCCCCAACCGCUCCUACCUCUUCUAUCCCGCCGCCGUCGACGAUGCCUUCGACGCCAUUCACCGCUGCCGAGACCAGUUUGUGGCCAAGCAGUCGCGGCAGGCGCCCGCACCCGUCCCGUCGCCUCGCUUCGAGCAGGACCCGCACUCCGAGGCGUCGCAGGCGCUGGUCGAGGAGAGCUCCGCUGUCUUCCUCAAGGAGUCGACUUCCGUCUCUUCCGGCUCGUCGAGGUCGGAGCGCUCCACGCCUCGCGCCGCGCUGAGAGCAGACUCGUUCGGCGGCCUCGCCCUCGCCAAGGUGGUGGGCACUGCGACGCUGGAGAGGUACCGGCCGGGCGACGUGAUCAUCGCCGAGGGGUCGCAGCCGGCCACCCUCUUCAACUUGGCGCGCGGGCGCGUGUCGUCGGCCAAGAUCCUCACGCUGUACGAGGGGGCCAUGUUCGGCGAGAUGUCCUUCCUGAGCGGGGGCAAGGCGUGCGCCACCGUGGUCGCAGAGGUGGAGAGCGAGGUGUGGCAGAUCCGCGCGCCGGCCGUGGAGUCGAGCCUCGCUUCGCUGCCGCUCAACGAGCAGGCGCCCCUCGCAGCGAGCGGCUGGGCUGCGUGA